CAGACAGCAUCAUCGGUGUUCUGUCCAGUCGUGAAUUGGCGCGAUUGGUGCCCUGCAGUGCAAUAAGUGUACACAUGAUGUAGGUCCUGUUCUUUCAACAUCAUGGAUGGGCGAUCCUCACCCUGGAGACAAAUGAGCAGAUUCCGCAGUCAUGGCCAAACGUUUACUGAAUGAUCAUUUUUCUCGGCUGGCAAAGGCUAAAGGAUACGUUGCAAGGUCGUCCUUCAAGCUUUUGGAGAUUCAGGAACGUUUCAGAGUGGUGAGACCAGGUGCACACGUACUAGACCUUGGAUGCGCGCCCGGAGCCUGGCUGCAGGUCGCAUGCCAGUCACUCGGAAAAAAGAGCGGCUUUGUGCUCGGCCUCGACAUCCAGGCCUGUCCAGUCCCAAGGAGCUUCUGUGAUGAUCGUGUGCGCAUCCUCCAAGCGGAUGCGAGAGAACUCAGGCCGGUUGACUUGGUCAGCAUGCAUUCUGUGCACAGCGCAGCGGCCUCCUCCUGGUCAGGAGGAUUCCACGCUGUCUUGUCAGACAUGUGCCACAGCACAGUUGGGAACUCCGCCGCUGAUGUCCUGCGCUCUCUGGAGCUCGCCCAAACUGCCGCUGCCAUAGCGGUUGGAGACCGGGAGGAGAGAGAUAAAAAAGCGUCCCUUGAGGAGAUGUAUUCCACAGGGCCUGCCGGAGGAAGACCAGGAGUGCUGCUGCCAGGGGGGCAUUUUGUGGUGAAGCUGCUCCAGGGCUCAGGAUCUCAGGAGUUUGCACAAGAGCUGCGGCAGCACUUUGCCAAGGUGACAUGGGUGCAGCCAGCAGCCACCCGACAAGAAUCGAGAGAGAUGUACUUGGUGGGGCUGAACAGAAGACAUUGACUAGCCGAGUGCAAAUGAUGGGAAGCCUGCAUCAUACUCUUAUAAGAGCAGUGCAUGCAACGGCAAACCGUGUAACGACAGGUGCUUACUAGGGCAAAAGGUUCGUCUACUUGCAACAAUUUGCUCUUUGAAUAUAUGAUAACAGU